AUGUUAACAGUGUCGGUCCAAGUCCCCCAAGGUGCUACUGGUGGCAGUACCAUCCAGAUCAUCGAUCCCACCUCUGGCAGACCUUUCCAGGUACAGGUCCCUGCCGGCCUCAACCCAGGGGAUACCUUCAAUGUCGAUCUCGGGCCAACUAUUGUCCAGGGCAAGCCCGUAGGUGGUGACCCUGAUCAAGCCUACGGUGGCCCACAUCAUUCGACCCAAGCCCCUCCCCAGACGGUGAUCAUCAACAGUGGUCCUGCUCAGAGCCCGAGCGCCGCUAAUGCUGCUGGCUCAGUCGCCUGCUGUGCAUGGUGUGCAAGUUUACUAGCAUGCUGUGCCCUCGGUGAAGCAUGUGGCUAG